CCGUAGUACGCACGCGCAAAGCCAUUGCAAAUGUAACAGGUACUGUGAACUUAUAGACGCUUUCGCUCAGUCGCGAAAUGUCGGGAGAGCCGCGCAGGCGUGUCGCCUGUUCGUCUUCAAUUAAUCCCACAACCCUAAAAUAAAAAAAAAUAAACGUCAAAUUAACCCCGCCAAUCGAAGAUUGAAUUUCAAAAAUGGAAUUGGAUUUUCGUUUGUUUAUUAAUUCAAUAUGGCGUGAUUUAGUGAAGAUGUUUGUAAGUGGCGUGUAUUGACUUUUUGUUUUGUUUUGUGAUAAUUUGUGAUAGCGAUGCCAAGUGGAUAUGGGUGUGAUAAUGAUAACUGUUUGUGGGAUUGGAUUGCUCAAUGCAUCGGACUCUAUGGAAAGGAAUCAUGGAGCAAAGCUUUCGUCUUUAUAAAUCGAAAAAACAUAAAAUUAAGUGGAAGUGUAUUCUAAACUUUUAUUGAACCAAAAUCUAAGUGUGGUGAUAUUUAGAAAGAAAUAAAAAUAAAAUUAAGAUGAUCAAGUGAUUUUGUGUUGAAAUGUGAAUAAUCCAUUCAGUGAUGGGGUGUGGCCAGAGUAAAAUUAAUCUCUACCCGCGGAGGAACAAAAAUGGCGGCAAAGGGAAUAGUGCCAAAAAGUCAGGCGCAGCAGACAAAGAGGCGGAUGAGGAGGAGGGCCCGGCCGCGGGCGCGCAGCCAUCAGACGACAAUGAGGACGAGCUCGAGCAGACCAAGCACAUCCUGCCGCUCACCAACCAUCAGCCUGUCGUCGAGGUGUCAGCCAGCCAGCAAGAUUUCUUCAAGAUGCUGGACGAGAAAAUUGAAAUGGGUAGAGACUACGAUUCAUCCAGCGAAACAGAAAUCAGAAUGGAACAAGAAAGGCGGAAAAUGCUUAUAGAACAAUGGCGGUCCACGUCAUUAUCCAUACAUUCCUCUCAAUCGCAGCCGAGUCCGCCCACGCCAGCGAGAAGACGAGUCUCGAGGCCGAUACCCCAACCUCCAGAACGACAGAACAGCCCCGGGUCAGGCAGGAGGUGCUACAGGCAGCAACAUGUCCCAGAUGGCAUGUCACCACCACCAAGAAGGUCCCACAGCGCGCAGUCUCACCACCCACCAGACCCAAGACAAAUUAACGGAGACAACUGGCAUGACCCCACAAAAUCCCCUGUGAAAAGACCACAGAGUGCCGGAUCAAAUUGGAAGAGCAACCCUAAAGUGGCGCCUUAUAAUCAAAAACCUAGGAAAAAUGAAGCGAACGAAUACAGACAACAAAACAACCAGGAUGGCCAAGGGCCAGGUCAGGAUAUGUCACAAAUUACGUUUAACCCUACAUUCCAAACCCACAGUCCAGCUCAUUCAGCUAAAUCUCAGCAGCCGUAUAUAGCACAGAUAAUUAGCUACCCGAUGUCGCAACAGGUGACUCCACCGUCUCCACCCAAGUAUAUUGCACCUCCUGAAGAGUACCAGGAUCCUCAGAAUAAUGUUGUAGAUAAUGGUAAACAAAACAUACAGCAGAGGCAGUCGCCAGUGACCCAAGCUAACCCCAAUCCUCAACCGCAUAUCUAUUACAUACACGGUAACUCCACGUCGGCGAUGGCACAAGAUAUAGCUCAACAAAGACAGCAGACAGCCAUGCAUCUGCAGCAGUAUGUCGCCAUGAAACAAGCCCAGCAGCAAAUGUUCACAUAUCUACAAAGAAGUCCUCACACAGUGUUCCCGAAUAUAGAUUAUUCGCAAAACCCCGCACCGAAUCGAAUGUACGAGGGUGAAGAGUUUGUGGGUCAGUACGGUCACCCCGCGAUGAGACCGCACAGCGCGCCGACUCCCGUGGGAGUUGUCAGGCCCAUGCCGGUCGCGCCCGGCUUCAGUCCCAUGGGAGAUGGUACUCACAUGGUUCAGAUGCCGAUGUGGACACACAUGCCUCCUGUUGUCUCCACUAUGGGUCCCUGGGUGCCGGGCCAGGCGCCUCCAGAGAUGCAGUACUACUCACAGACGCAGUUCAUGCCGAUGUAUCGGCCGAACUCAGCGGGGUCCGCCGGCACGCUGACGCGAUACCACAAGAAGGAGCCGAGUGACAGUGAAGUGAAGAAUAACGUGUGCCAAAGCAUAAAUCUAGUCAGGCAGAAGCCGAUAGGUCAGAUCGUGUCCCUGCCGGGGCAGGAGCUGACGGUGUGCAACAGCGUGAGUGACAGUCCCAGCCCCGCGUCCGUCAGCACGGACAGCGGCGUGUCCCCCGGGAACAGUGUGCCUAGCUCCAAAAACUUAAUGUUCAACACGCCGGCGCCCAGUGACACCUUCAAUUUAGAAAGUAAGAAUAAAAAAAAUAAAACUGUACAACAACCUAGAUCUCUGAAAAAUUCAAAAAGUCUAGAUUCUUAGUGAAAACGUUUGUAAUUAUGUAGAUUUUCUAAGUGUAUGUAGAUUAGUCAAUAUGGCUAUGUAAAGAAUAGAUAAUUAGAUUCCAAAGUGCUUAUUAUUAAGGUGCUUCUCGAGUUAUGUUCUGUUUUAGAACUCUAUCUACUGAAUUACUGUCCCGAGGUACGGCCGAAAAAAACAGAAAAAAAAAAUAAACUUCAAGUGUACAGUUGCAUGUCUGAAUCAAAAUGAUUGCAUUAAAAACAUAACUUUUAUCCAUAAGGCCUUAUAAGUAAAGUUAAUACGGUUAUCCGUUCAAGGAGAAAAUAACUCGAGUAGCAUACGUAAAUUGUAUUUAUUGUGAUUAUAUAAUAAAAACCAUUUUUUUAAAGAUCGGUGUUAAACUUGUAAAUGUAGGUGAUGUAAACAGAUAUUAAAACUUCCUUUCAAAUCUUCAUCAGUGCCCAUUAUAUAUUGUUUAACCACAUUAUGAAAACAUGCAAAAAUUAGAACAACAUUUUGGUAAUUUUAUAGUUUUUUAGGGAAUGCUAAAAAACUCGUAUAAAAAUUGAAGAAUAGAAAGAGAAUUGGUUAAGUUAAUCGUCGAUAAUAAACGUUAAAAUUAACCAUAAAAGGUCACAAUAUAAUGGGCAUCCUGUAUAUUCAAACUUUCAUUUUUAUUUUUAUGAUUACAAAAACAUGUCUUCAGUAAAAUGAUAUAAAAAAAUUACCAUCACCCAUGAGUGUAAAAACGAUAACUUUUAGAAUACCAGCACACUACAAACUUUAAGUCAGCCGAUAGAUUGUUUGGGCUCAUAAAUCAGUAUGAAGAUGAAUGGUCGUACGCACGUUACAAAGAUCUGGUAUUAAGCCGGUAUCAGAACGACUGACAACUUUGAUAGGAAUCAGAAUUUCCUUUAAAAAAAAAUUGUCAACGUUCGAAGUAACUGUCGGCUGACUGUUUAGUCGACAAUUUGCGAGUAUUUUUAUGUUAUUAUUUUCACAAAUGUUGCUAUGUUUUACUACAUUCAUAAUUUAUUAUACUUAUUAACAUAGGACCAGAAUUACCUAAAACAAAUGUACAAAAGCCUUUAAGUAAAUUAAUAAUUUAUUUUAGCGUUAAUUUCUGUCAUUACUAUGCAACAUUAAUUUAUUUUACUUGAAAAUUAAUUAUAUUUUAUUUUAUAUUUCCAAAACGGGUAUGAAUUUAUUUAAAAAUGAAAACUAAACGAAUCUUUACUAUUCUAAAUGUAUGUUUAGAUAAUAAAGACAUGUAAAUGGUACCUUUAAGUGCCGAAAUGCAUUUUAAAUUAUCCAAUAAUAAUGGUAACAAACGUG